AUGGCCGAGCUCCUCACCGGCGUGCCCCUGUUCACGGCGAACACGGAAGAAGACAUGCUCAUGCAGAUAGUGGACCUUGGAGACGGCAUCAUCUCGAUGGGACUGCAAGCGUUCGAGGACAUACUGGAGCUGUCGCUGGCCGGUCGCGAGAUCCCUGCCGGCCUGCUGAGUUUCAACCCCUGCGAGAAGCUCACCGCGGUAGAAGCACUCAAGCAUCGGUGGUUCACGGAGGAGGCGGCGGCGGCGGAGCCUCCUGCCACCGCAAAAGCAGAGUACCCUGGCUUUGUGCCGCUGUUCUCAGCAGCGUAG